CUUGAAUGGGUUGCGCUGAGCACAGGUCUGUUACGAAGUUCGUUCGUUUACGAUGAUAGCCGUAAUAUUGCUGAUUCUUCUCUCCUUUAGUACUAAUGGACAUGCCAAAUGUGGCAGGCGUCCCUCGGGAGCUCGCGUCAUUGGUGGAGAAGACGCCGCCCCUCACUCGUGGCCUUGGCAGAUCUCUCUGCGCGUGCGCGGAAAGCACAUGUGCGGGGGGACCCUGAUCAGCCCUGACUGGGUACUAACCGCUGGUCAUUGCGUUCAUGGACAGCUAGACCCAAGCGGGUACACUGUGGUGGUCGGAGCCCAUUACAAGAGUGGAGGUGAGACCAGCGCACAGAAGGCAUUGAAUCUGAAGCGAAUCAUACUACAAGAGGGAUACACGACAAACCUACUCAACGACGUGGCGCUCAUACAGCUAGCACGGCCCGUAACCCUAGGUAGCAAGGUCAACACUGCAUGUUUGCCUACGGGCGAGAUUGCUGUGGGAUCAAAAUGUUACAUCACCGGCUGGGGGCGGAUGUGGGGUGGCACAGGAACACAAGGGACCCUACAGCAAGCCAUGCUACCCAUAGCAGAACAUAGUCUAUGUCGCAAGCAAUACCGCGUGGACCGCACCGCCCAUCUUUGCGCCGGAGAGGCUCGGGUAGGGGCAGCAGGGGGCUGUAAUGGAGAUAGCGGGGGUCCUUUGGUGUGUGAGCAGAGUGGAGUCUGGGUCCUGCAUGGUGCUAUUAGUUAUGGUGCGCGCUGGUGUCCCACGGACUACUACACCGUGUUUACCAGAGUUAGCAGCUACGUGGCAUGGAUUAACGGCAAGAUAGACCCCACGGAAGGAGGGAGUGGUACUGUCAAGCCUCCGGUAACACCAGUCACGGAACGACCUGUCACGCCAUCUCUGGCCGUCACGACACUUUCACCCGUCACAGAGAACCCAUCAGGCUGUAUCGAUAAGGCCCAGGGCUGCGAUGCUACGAGCAGCUUGUGUGACACGCCCAUUAUGAAGCGAUACUGUCGCAAGACCUGCUCACUCUGCUAGAGAAAUGAAGCCCAUUCUUCAAUCGCCCCCAAGUACACGGAAACCAUCUGACUUCAGGUUUCUGGAACAUCCCAAAUUCCAAAUUGAAUAAAAGAAUUAAAGUUAAAA